CACAAAUGCUGAAUGAUGAUGGCUCAUCACCUCUGGAGUUGACAUCUCUUUCUUUCCAAGACAACCAUGCAAAGCGAAUAGCGUUGUGGAAAAUCAUUUACUAUAAGAAUACUGGAUGGCUCACUUUCCACAGCUCGCAUUGUUUCACUGAUGGAGGAUCGGUGCUUGCUUACUUGAAAGACUUUGUCGAGGGCCUCAAUCAAUCGCAGGAGUCAAUCGCGCGAGAAGUGUAAUAUUCACUUGAAG